GAGUAUUAUUUGAGGUUAUAAAUGAUUUCGAAGGCUGACAUGGACAGUCGAUCAAGGAUUUUGUGAGAAUACAGAUGGAAUAAGUAAAGGUAUUCACUUCUUGGGAAGGAUCAAGUAUAAACACUACACUGAUUCACCCACACACAAUACAUAUACAAUAAAAACUGAGGAAAUUAGUCUCAACCAAAUAUGCGCACAGCAUCAUCGUAAUUGUGAGAGCUGAAGAUAAUUCUACCGAGUUAAUACAUUAGGUCCAGAGUUACUGUGUGUAUAAAUUACUAGUUAGAUCUUGUGAAAAUGGGAUGCUGCUGCAGUUUAUUCCAGAACGACAGUGGACCUCAGGGCUCUGAGGCUAAUGAGAGAACUCAUCUGCUGGUCGAUCCAGUCAGUAAUAAUACCAAUAUACCCAGGGUUCAUAGUGAUGACUAUGUGAAUCAGUAUGCCAGUUCAGUACCAAAGAAAACAGACGAGCAAAGUGCCCUGACAAGGAUUCUCCAUGAAACUGCAGCAAAUGUUAUUGAUGUUGGUGCCCUUGAUUCACACAAUUUGGAGCAGCAUGAGUAUAUGGACAGGUCGCGAGCAUAUGCCAAGAGAAUAGAGUCAGGUGGUGUGAAAGUACCACAGGCCCAUCCUUGCUUAUUGAAAGAUGUUCCAGCUCCAGAAAAAAUUCUUUCUGCAAAUCCUAUCGCAUCUGAAGAUCACGAAUUGAUCACAAAUAUGCUGAGAAAUGCAGUGACGGCGCUGAAUGAUGUAAAAGUUGAACAUAAAGAAGAUUUGGUGGUGCCGUUUCUCGCGUGAUUACCAGUGAAUCCUCAGGUGAAGGACUCUCCAAGCCCAGCUGAACUCCAAUUUAUGCUUCAGCCAUAAAAAGCUCAUCUAAUUCAACUGAAAGAAACUGGAUUAACUUCAAAUGAAUUAUCAAUUAAUCUUACAUGUCAUUCGGUCGCCUGCUCCAACUCCAUAUCAUUGAUGUUUGUCUUAUGUUUUCCAUCCCCUUCAUAUCCCGUUGGAUGCCGCACUUUCAUAUUAAACAACUAUUCAAUAUAUUAUAUUGUUGAAUAAUUGUUUUGUUUUAUUUCAAUAGGAUCAUUCAUGCACUAAUGACUGAUGAAUGAAUCUUUUUAAUUUGUGGUGAACAGGGGCUUGGAAAAAUGAAAAACAAAAUUCUAAUAGAGCCUUCGAGGAAGACACUAGAAUAUAAGUGACUGUCUGAUUAAAGUUAUAUUUAAAAUAUAAGGAUAACCAUUGCUAAUGGUGUGUGUAUAAUAUAAAUAUCGAGCUUUAUAUCGUCAAAUACUUAUACUAACAUGAAAAUAGAACAUCAAAAUUAUUGGAUACAUUGGGAAUGUAAUAGUAAUGCAAUUGUAUAAAAUCAAUUAUAUUAUGGAAUUGUGAUAUAACUGUGGAGUAGAUUUUAGGUAUAACUAGUUCCCUCUCAGUUCAGUCUUAUUGUUAACUAUUUUGCAAACUACUUAAUAAAGAAUUUAAAUCGUAGCGGAUAAA